GCGCCUCGAUUUUCGCGCCGCACUUGUAAUACCGAAGUAAAUCGAUCGCGAUCGUCGUUAUUAAGAUCGCGCGCACGGUCGCCGAUAGUGCGCGAAUUAUAUAUUUUUUUGUUGCGUGGAGAUCUGUCGUGAAUUUGAUUUCUUAUUCAGUGCUUCGCACAUACGCAUACCGUGGUGUAAUUGAUUAUACGCGCACGAUCCAGAACAAUUUUUUGUACACGUGGAUUUUUCAUUUUUGAGAUAGCAGGAAGUCGUCAGCCUUCCCCCGAUCGAGAUGUCGAGGCCAAUCCUUAGCAGGCCGCGCACGUUCAUCUACGGCAGCAACUACGACAAGGGCGAGUCCUAUUACAAGCCCAUGGUCGACCAUCUGGACCGGAAGUACAGCGCGCGGCCGUUGUUCCCGGAGCCGAGAAACUCGAUAGCCGACGAGAUCGCGGCGCGCCGUGGCGACAUCGGUAACCUGUUCAGUCGUUUUCCAAAGUGGUUUUGACGGAGUGUUGUAAAAAGACUUCCCACAGAGAUCCUCCUCGAGAGUGAUUGUCGACGAGGUUCGCUGAAUAGAUUUCGUUUUGCAAAAUCAAAAUACUUGAGAGAGAAACUCUUGUCUUCCCUUAUCCGGCCCUUUGAUCCACUUCCACGAUUCGCAUGAUCAAUCCACUCCUCGCGAUGAUAAUGACGAUGAUGAUGAUGAUGAUGAUGAUAAUGAUAUAUUUAUCGUCAACUGAUUGCGUGCAAAUCGGUCUUUUUACUGUCUCUUUGCCUGCAAGUCUGUAGUUUAGUCUGUGUUAAUCCGCCCAUUUGAUGUAUCAUUUUGUUGAAUAAAUGUUUGGUUUCCCAAAGUAAUGUACACACAGGCGAGUCUUGCUGUGAUUAUUGUAUGUAUCUUAUACGCUUGGUUAAGACCAAGAUCAUCAGGACGAGAUUGACGGUCGCAAGUGCCAGAGCUUCUUGGAGUAUUGUCUCGUGUAUCACAAACUUAUUAUACCUUCGCUCUCAUGUCUCCACUGGACAUCCACACGCAUGUACAACACACGCACAUUCAUACCGACACGGACAUCGGGUGAAGCGAUUUGAGAAAAGCUGUUGCGCGUGCCUUCUCGCGCCAAUAUGUCUGCGCCAAUAAAGUUGAUCGUCCACACAAAGAUUUGCCAACAAAUUUUUAUAAACCCACGACGAAUAAUUUAACUAAUAUCAUUAAUCAGAAUCAUUCAAAAUUGUGAGGAACAGCAGAAUGUCCAAGUUACGACAUCGUUACAAGAUGUCUCGGGCGAAGGAUUGCAACUAUUGAGAACAUAUCUCUUUUUGUUUUAAUCAAACGACUAUGUUUUUCUGUGAAUGUAAAAAUAAUAAAAAACAAAAAAAACUUUUCUAAAAUCCAAACAAUUACAUCGUACGUUGAGAUUCAACAAUUGAAAGAAUAAAACACAACGUUAUAUCUGCUAUAAUUAUAUUUAUGUAGGUAUGUUUAUUUGGGACACUCUGUACGUUCCUGACAUAAGUAAGUAGAUGUAAUGGAGGAAAAUGUGGAUAAACAACGUGCUUGACGUUACAUACAACUGCUAGUUUAUUAGACGCGCCGAUGGGAAGAUUUUGUAGAUUUGCCAGAUUGUUAAUGCGAUGCGCAUCCGAAUUUAUAUCUGAUCAAAUGUGCCUAAAAAUACGUGUGACUUGCGGUGUAAAGUUUAUCCGGUCGACGUAAAUUUUGUAAAUGGUAAAAUCGUGCUUUUUCACAAAAUUUUUAAGAGGUGACACAUAUCUCUCUUGUACAUUUUGUUUGCAAUUGUAUUUCUAAUUGUAUUUCUACUGUUGCAUUUAACGUCGAGUUAAUCAUUUUUUUUAGCUUUAAAGCAAAAUUAUAACCAGUGUUAGAAACAGAGAGUUCUGAAUUUCGCAGACGAAGAAAAUUACGUCGAUUUGAAAAUAUUUCCAAGUACGUUUCGAUAUUUAUCCGCAGCACUAAUGUGUGUGAAAUAAUAUUUUCAAUAAAAGAUAUCACAAACGAAACAUUGUUUUCCUUAUAUUCCCUCUCGUCGCAAUAUCACUGGUUAUAAUUUUACAUGUAUUUCAAAUACAUAACAACUAAAAUAAAAUACAGAUAUUUAAACCGAUAGAAAGAUGUAACGACAGUAAGAGAAUGAAAGUUCGCAACUUCGCUGCGUUCUCCGUCAUUUUCUUCAGCCUGAAUCAUUCAUCAUCAUUCAUCAACUCUGAUCUUCUCCAAGUUGAGAAUCAUCCGGCACAGAAUCGUUUCUUGACGACACGCUCAUCGUCUCACCGCGCUUAUCAUCGCUCAUCUCAUCCCCUAUUCUUACCUUCACACAAAAUCAACGCUCUUUUCUGAUCGGUUUUUGCAGGCACGCGCGAUCCCGGUCCCCGCACCGGUUCCCUCGGCCGAGACCUUGACCUCGACCUCGAACCUAACCGCGCUUCCCAACUACCGCCCCUGCCCGACCCCCUGCUAGCCCCAGAAGACGAGGAUACCAUGUACGACAGCCGCGGGCAGCGUAUCCGUCGCCAAUUAGGUGACGAUUUCGCGGAAGAGGUGGCGGCGACGACGCGCCGCUUCCGGGCCCGGAUAGCGGCGAUGGGUAUCGAGAACGAGCUCGAGGCCUCGACCGCCGCGAACCAGGCGAAGAAGAGCUCCGCCGAGCUCUUGGAGAACGCGGUGACCGCCAGGAAGGGUGCCGCCAGAGCGGCGCUCGAAGAAGCCGAGAGCACUUUCAAGAGGCGCUCCAAGCUCUUCGACGAGAUCGAGCGCGCCGACGAGGGUAAACCGGCGUUCACCAGGUGGACCAAGCUGAUCAACGAAGACGACGAUCUGGUGCCGGCCAGCGCCGCCGCCAGUCGAGCCAAGCAGACGAAAGCGCGUCUCCACGACCUUGAGUCGGAAAUGGAGGAGCUCGCCGAGAGACAAGCCAAGAGGGAACGCAGAGCGGCUGCCCUCAAGGCGCUAGUCAACGAGACCGCUGCAGCAGUCAACGAGGACGUUGUUCAACAAUCGACCGUCAGCAAGAAGGUGUCGAUGCGCAGCACCGAACGCUCGGAGAAGCACGUCAACUUCUAAGCGAAGCUUCCCGUGCGAUCUAUCUUAAUUAAUUAAAACACGACGGUGUUUUACAGCCGAUGUAUUGCACACGUUCGAGAAUUUCAUUGAGAGAGAGAGAAAGAGAGAGAGAAUUUUAUUCCGGUCAAAGAGUUGCAACAGUUGAAAAAUUUUUCGAACAUAUUGAAAUUAUUUUGUUAUUAAAUUAUGUUAAAGACAAAAUUUAUAUAAAUUAUUAAUUUUAUUUAUUUUCGUUCUUCAUCGCGGUGCAAUACAACAACCGCUUGCUGUAAGACACUAUUGUAAACUUUAAAUAAAUAUAGAAUUUUUUUCUCGGUGUAUACGCCAUUCUGUGUUUCACUUGCGCGGUCGCGUUUGCCUUCUUGGCGAUCGUGCAAUUACAUCUCGCUGAUUUGUUUUCGCGAAAGGAACGUACGUCAACCGCGUUAACGGUAGAUAUUUUAUUGUCUCUCGAAGCGCUUAUGUUUUAAGGUAAUGCGCGUACGUUCAUUUCGCGUUGCUACACACAAUUACAAAUGUAUCGUAUGAAUAUAUUAUUUUUUUUUGUCUGUGCGAGAGAGAUCCUCAUCUUUCGAAAAUAUGUUUAAAUCGCAAUUUUAGUUCUGUGUCCGUUCAGAAGAAUCGAAUGUUACAACUUGUCGUUUUAACAGUAAUUAUUUUUGUAUAUUGCAAAUCUGCGUGUAAGACAAACUAAUUUAAUAGACGCGUUACACCGUUGCUCAAGAUUUGAUUGUAUUUUCGGACGAUAUUUCUCGCGCAUCGUGAUUUUUCGCUUCUUCGCUCCUCGAGUUUGAGCGAGCUUAAGUGUUGAUUGUUCCUAUAACGAGAAUUAUAUUUAAGUAUCAGAAAGUAUCCUCACGUAUAUAAAAGAACUUUUUGUCGAUAGCAUGAUGUUGUGAAGAAACUAAAUGAUUUUUGUUUUAUUUACGAGAACACAGAAAAAAAAUUCUUAAUCGUACGACUUUCAAAACAGAAAGCUUAAACAAAUUCCUCACCAGAAUCACUGUGCAAUGUAUGUUCUUUCUUAUUUAUGAAUAAAUCUCGUUUGAAAACCGUUCUCGGAAAA